GGAAGAAGAAGAGGAGGAGGAGGAAGAGGAAGUGGAGGAGGAGGAGGAGGAGGUUGAAUAUGAAGAUGAUGAAGAGGAAGAUGAACACAUAGAAACCGAUGAUGAUAGUGAAGAUUAUUAUAGUGAUAAUUAAGUGAUAUGGCUGAUGUUAUUGCUCAAUCUCACGGGGGUGAUGGUGGAGGAUGCGAUCCUCCACGUGGACCGGCAGAUAUCCCAGCUGAUUGUGAACGAGCGCCUCCAAGUAAACGUGGACGCCAUAAGGGAUUGAACACGCGGGAAAAGAGGGAACAGUUGGGGCGUCCUCUCCCUCUCGAGUGGGAUGUGCGGGGGAGAACAUAUAAAGAGAUCGGAGAGUACAGCUCAAAUUUCUCAAGAGAGCUCGGAUUACUUGUUCGACAGUACACAGAUCCGGACUGUCCUCAAUGGUCAAAAGUACCAAAUGCCUCGAAAGAAAGAAUACUUGCACAUUUGGAAGAUGAUUUGUUUGAUAUUGGGCGUACUAGAUAUGGAGAAGGGCAUAUGCCUGGGAUCUUGAGAGGCAUUGAUACUUCGUGUGCUAAAAAGUAUUCUGACUGGAAGUACGAUAUUAAAGAGCACUUAACGAUUAAUGGGCCACAAAAUCGUUAUGGUGGUUGCACGGAUACGCAGUGGCAAAAAGCAAUUGAUUUUUUCCGUCGCCCAGAAAUUACGAAACGUUCUGUGGUCAACAAGGAAAAUAGAAAGAAAUUGAAAGAGCUUAGCUAUGGAGGUUCUCAGUCAAUCCCAGCCUUACGCUAUAAAAAGCGCAAUUUAGAGACUGGGCAACUUGAGUCCAUCCCGGAUAGCUGGAUGGAUACUCACCAUAAAUCAGGCACAGGGUGGGUGACAGAGACAGCAAAAAAUACUUGGGAGGAAUUGCGUGCAUACCGCGACACACAGCAGACACAGGCAACUGAUACUGAGAGUUCCACACCAGUUUCGAGUGCGCCUGAAGAUGAAGACAUAUCUUUGGUACAAAAUGUCUUCGGAAAACGACGGGGCCACCAGAAAGGAUAUGGACGUAUCCUUAACAUAAGGGACCGAACUCCAUUUGAUUUUCGUCCUUCACAAACUAGAGAUGAAGAGUUGUCUGAGAUGAGAGAGCGUCUUCGACAGUUAGAGGAGCAUGUCCGGACUCAUUGUAUCACCCCGGGAUCUCAAUCUGCCCCACCACCACCACCCGAUGAUCCUGAUGUUGGAGCACCGACUCAGUAGGACUUAUGUAUGAAUUUUAUUACAAUUGACUAUUACAUUAUCAUGUUUAAGACAAGUCUUUAUUUUAAUUCAACGAAUACACUCUUAUGUUUUUAUUUAUAUCUUUAAUAUAAGUGUUUUAAUUUUA